AUGGCUCUGAAUCCAGUCGACUCAUCCCUCAUCGGCGUCAUUGUCUGCAAGUUAGAGCUUCACUCAUCUCACUCACCACCGACGCGCCGAGGUUACAUUGCCAUGCUCGCUGUCGCUUCGCCAUUCCGAGGCAAAGGCAUCGCCACUGCCCUCGUGAAACGUGCCAUUGAUGCCAUGGCCGAGCGUAAUGCCGAUGAGAUUGUUCUGGAAACGGAAGAGACAAAUACCCAGGCUAUGCGUCUAUACGAGCGCCUGGGCUUCUUGCGCUCAAAGAAAUUGCACAGAUAUUAUCUCAACGGCAACAGCGCCUACCGUUUGGUCCUCCUUCUCAAGUCCAUUGACCCUGACGCCGUUAUCGAGGACUUUGAUAGCCACUAUGCUUGA